AUGGCAUUAGAUUUUUUGUCUGCACCCACUACCUCAACCGAUGUGGAGCAGCUCUUCUCUCAUGGAGGGCUUAAUGUUACGAAGCACCGGCACAAUCUCUCUGCUGAGUCGACUAUUGACCAGACAGUCCUGAACUCGUGGUUCAAGCAUCCCGGUCUUGUUCCGCAAGAUCUUGUUUCUGCAUAUUUCAAUGAUAAACACAAACGGCCUAAUAACGGUGGAAAAAACAGAUAUGCAACUGAUGGUACAACUAGUUCAGAGGUUAUAGUGCUUGACAGGGAUUAA